AUGUCGUCGUACCGCCCUUUGCCUCCCAGACCUUCUCAGAUAGCAUCAGCUGAGCACUCCUCGAAUAUCAACGGUAGCAACAACAACAACAUCAGCAACAAGAGAAGCAGUUUCGUUUACCCCUCGAGCACUGUGGCUGCUGCCAUCAACCGCUUCCCCUCGACCACAUCUUCCUCCGCAUCCUCAGGCUACUCCGAUCAGAGCCAACUGAGCGGAGCCACCUCAUCCGUCUCCAGCACGCCUUCUCAAUACCACUCGUACAAGCACAAGCGCGGCCAGAGUGAUGUCCUAGCACGCGCUCGCACCUUUGAACUCGGGGAGACGAUGCGGUCCCCAACCAAGGACCACGAUGGCCUCUACGCAUCAGCCCGCCAGUCACUCCGUCCCCUUCCACAGGCGCCCGUCGCCGCCUCGCCCACCCCGCCGGCGCCUUCGACACCGCCCCACCGCAAGCAGAGCAAUGGUCCUAGCCCGGGCCUACGUCGUGAGCGCGGCCAGAGUGUUGAUCUCUCAAAGCUCUCCCUCGCCAGCCCUAGCAUCUCUUCGCCCGAGUCCUCUCCCGAGCGCCCGCUUUCGAUGCGGCCAAACUCGAUGCUCAUGACGCGCUCCGACUCUAUCCGCAUUGGGGGUAGCCCCGGCUCUCCCUCCAGUCGCCAUCACCACUCCCACAGCGCCACGCAGAUUGGCCGACCCGAGCUCGAGAGGCUGAGCCGGUCGGCCACAAGCCAGCUCCGCACUCUGUCGCGCCUCACCGAGACCGAGGCCGCCAACGGCUUCAACAUCGCCUCCCCCGCCCAGCAGGUCGCCGGCCUCCGCGGCCGGCGCCGCCUGCAGCGCACAGACAAGCCUACUGAGAUGCGUGGCCCCGGCACCGGUAGCGGUUACGGAUGGGAGGGCCGCAACUGGAUGGACAAGCAGCGGCAGUUCCUCCAGGCCUACGAGUAUCUCUGUCACAUCGGUGAGGCCAAGGAGUGGAUCGAGGACAUCAUACACAAGACGCUGCCGCCCAUCGUGGAGCUCGAGGAGGCCCUGCGUGACGGCGUCACGCUUGCCGAGGUUGUUCAGGCCUUGAACCCGGACAGGUACUUUCGUAUAUUCUACCAUAAGCGACUGCAGUACAGGCACUCGGACAACAUCGACAUCUUCUUCCGCUACCUCAACGAGGUCAACCUCCCCGAUCUUUUCCGAUUCGAGACCAUCGACCUCUAUGAGAAAAAGAACAUCCCCAAGGUCAUCUACUGCAUCCACGCCCUCAGCUGGCUGCUCUUCCGCCUCGGCAUUGUCGACUUCUGCAUAGGUAACCUUGUCGGCCAGCUCGAGUUUGAGCACCACGAGCUUGAGGAGAUGCAAAAGGGCCUGGACAAGCUCGGGGUGGGCAUGCCCAGCUUCGGCAAUAUGGGCGCCGACUUUGGAGUCGCCGAGCCUGAACCGGAACCGGAACCUCAGGAGACGGAGCAAGAGAGGGUGGAUCGGGAACUGGGCGAGAACGAGGCGUCUAUUGUCGACUUCCAGGCUCAGAUCCGUGGCGCCAUGGUGCGCCUGAGACUUGGCGAUACCAUGCAGGUCCUAUGGGACGAGGAGCCGUGGCUGCUGGACCUUCAAGCCCGGAUACGUGGUGACUUUACCCGCCAGGUCAUGGGCUACCGGAUUGAGAUGCGACGCUUCGCCACCAACCUCCAGAAGGCCGCCCGUGGCUUCCUCCUGAGGAAGAGGCUGCAGAAGAGCGACCGCCUCUGGAAGGCCCUGGAACCCAACGUACUGGAGCUCCAGAGCAUGAUCCGGGCAAGCAAGGCCAGGAAUGAGGUGCGCCACCUCAAGUCCAGCUUGAAGCAGUGCAGCGGCCCCGUUCGGGACAUCCAGGCCUUGUCCAGGGGCUUCCUGGCCCGCAAGAGCCAUGUUGCGCAGCACCGCGCCGCCGAGAAGAUGUCCUCCAACGUCCAGCAGCUCCAAGCCGUCGUCCGUGGUAUGCUGGCCAGGAACGCCGUCAGCCGAGACCUCCACUCCCUCGAGAAGCAGGCUCCCAAUGUGGCCCGUCUCCAGGCUGUGGUCAGGGCCCAGAUGACCCGGGACCGAAUUGCCCUCCAGAAGGAGCAUCUCGAAGCAGCCGCACCCGCCUUCACGACCCUCCAGGCCUUUAUCCGAGGACAGGCUGCCCGCGCCGAGACACAGGCAACACGGGCUGAGCUUCAACGACACACACCCGAAGCCACCCAGCUCCAGUCUGCGGUCCGAGCCGGCGCCGUCCGCCGCGAGAUCGCCGAGAAGAAGGCCGCCCUCAAGAAGGAGGAGCCCUUCAUCCAGGAGCUGCAGGGCGCUAUCAGGGGUAUGCUGAGCCGGGAAAGCAUGCUCGCUGACAUGAAGGAGAUGGAGAAGCACACGCCAUUCCUCAUCGACCUGCAGGGCCGCAUCCGCGGAUACCUGUACCGCAGGCGCCACGAGGCCUUGAUGGAGGAGCUGCAGUCGCACUACGACAAGUUCGCCUCGUUCCAGGCCAUCCUGCGCGGCAUCAUGGAACGUGGACGGGUGGGCGACCUGCUCGCCGAUCUGGAGGAGGAGGAGCCGUCCAUCGUUGAGCUCCAGUCGGCGGUCAGGGGCUUCCUUGUGCGCGCUAAGUUUGAGGAGAAGAGGCGGUUCUUCAACGAGAACAUGCAAAAGGUCAUCAAGAUCCAGAGCUUCGUGCGUGCCAAGGUUCAGGGCGAGGCGUACAAGAGCCUGACGACGGGCAAAAACCCGCCCGUCAACGCGGUCAAGAGCUUCGUGCACCUGCUCAACGACAGCGACUUCGACUUCAACGAGGAGGUCGAGUUUGAGCGCAUGCGCAAGACGGUGGUGCAGCAGGUGCGGCAGAACGAGAUGCUGGAGCAGUACAUUGACCAGCUCGACAUCAAGAUCGCACUGCUGGUGAAGAACAAGAUCACGCUCGACGAGGUCGUCCGCCACCAGCACAACUUUGGCGGGCACUCGAUGGGCCUGCUGGCCAACUCGACCAUCUCGUCGACCAACCAGUUCGAUCUCAAGGCACUCAACAAGAGCUCGAGGCGCAAGCUCGAGCUCUACCAGCAACUCUUCUUCAACCUCCAGACGCAGCCGCAGUACUUGGGCCGCCUCUUCAGGCGCAUUCGCGAGCAGGCCAUGCCCGAGAAGGACAGCCGCCGCAUCGAGCUCCUCAUCAUGAGCCUGUUCGGCUACGCCCAGAAGCGCCGCGAGGAGUACUACCUCCUCAAGCUCGUGGCCCGAUCCAUCUGGGAGGAGGUCGAGGGCUUCCAGAGCCUACAGGACUAUCAGCGCUGCAGCUUCUUCUGGGCCAAGCUGUUGGGCAACUACACGCGCUCACCCCGGGACCGCAAGUACCUGCGCGACCUUCUGGGCCCGCUCAUCCGGGACAACAUUGUCGAGGACCCGGCGCUCGACCUGGAGAGCGACCCGAUGCAGAUCUACAGGUCGGCCAUCAACAACGAGGAGCUCAGGACCGGAAGGCCCGACCCCAGGCCACUCGACGUGCCCCGAGAGGUGGCGAUCCGUGACCCCGAGACGCGUCGCCUCUUCAUCGACCAUCUCCGCGAUCUGCGCGAGAUCUGCGACCAGUUCCUGCUGGCGCUCGAGGACCUCCUACACAAGAUGCCAUACGGCCUGCGAUUCCUGGGCGGGCAGAUGUUCCAGGCUCUGUCGGCGCACUUCAAGAGGGAAGCCCCCGAGCUUCUCCUCCAGACGGUAUCCAACUGGAUCUGGCGUUUCUACCUGCAGCCCGCGCUGAUGAUGCCCGAGAACGUGGGGGUCAUCGAGAAAGGUCUGAGCCCGCUGCAGAAGCGUAAUCUAGGCGAGGUGGCCAAGGUGGUGGGGCAGAUAGCGUCCGGGCGGGUGUUUGGCGGCGACAACAUCUACCUGCAGCCGCUCAACGCCUUCAUCUCGGAGUCGAUCGAGCGCCUGACGCUCCUGACGCGCGAUCUCAUCUCGGUGGCGGACGCGGAGAGCACGUUUGACAUUGACGAGUUCAACGACCUGUACGCCAAGAACAAGCCGACGCUGUACAUCAAGCUGACGGACGUGUUUGCCAUCCACAACUUGGUGGCGGCGGAGCUCAGCUCCAUGUGCCCGAACCGCGACGACGUCCUGCGCGAGAUCAUGCACGACCUCGGCAGCGCCAAGAGCAAUGAGAACGAGAUGAUGAGCGCGGCCGGGACCUCCGAGAUCAACAUGUUCCUGACGCCCAAGCUGCACGACAUCGAGGAUCCGGAGGCGGAAGUCAAGGCCCUCUUCAUGGAGACCAAGCGCUGCGUGCUGUACAUCAUCCGUGUGCAGACGGGCGACAACCUGCUCGACAUCCUCGUCAAGCCCAUCCUGGACGAGGACGAGGCCAAGUGGCGCGCGCUCCUGCACGACGACUUCGCGGACAGCGGCCACACCAGGGGCGCCUACUCGGAGACCAACAUGGUGGACGUGACGCGCAUGUCGUACUACGAGCUCAAGCGGACGGCCCUGGAGAAUGUCAUGCGUCUCGAGCAGAUGGGCCGCAUCUCCAAGAAGAAUUUCUACCAGGACGUGCUCAACGCCAUCGCCGUGGACAUCCGCUCCAAGUCGCGCCGUCGUGUGCAGAGGCAGCGUGAGCUGGAGGGCGUGCGCAUGACGCUCAGCAACCUUCAUGACAAGGCCAAGUAUCUCGAGCAGCAGCGAAAGAGCUACGACAACUAUAUUGAGUCUGCCAUGGCGACGUUGCAGAGCAAGAAGGGGAAAAAACGCUUCCUCCUUCCCUUUACAAAACAAUACAAUCACCAGCGCGAGCUUGAGCGAAGCGGCCGGGUCCCCAAGUUUGGAAGCUACAAGUACUCUGCCCGGGCCCUGUCGGACAAGGGUGUCCUCGUCUCGUGGGAGGGUGUGACAGACCGCGACUGGGAGAAGAUCAACCUGACCAUCUCGUGCGACGAGGUCGGACUGUUCUCCCUGGAGGGCUCGAGGGGUUCGAUUCAGAUGCCCGGCGCCAUCGCGCUCGUGCCCAUCGAGGAUCUCUUGCAGGCCCAGUUCGAGGCUCACCAGUUCAUGAACCUCUUUGAGGGGAACUUGAGACUCAAUGUCAACCUGUUGCUGCAUCUUCUUUAUAAGAAGUUCUACAGGACGCAGUAA